UAUAUCCUGUUAAAUCAUUUUAUGAUGACUAAAUUCACCAUUGUUGCUAUCUUCAUUGUCUUCUUCCUAGGGAUGGUGGCAAAAGAGACGCAAGGGCAACAUAUAUGUCAUCAGGUUCUACUAAAUGACCAUUGUGAUGGACCAACAUGCACAGAUCUGUGUGACAAGAAGCUGCAAGGAACUGGCCAGUGUUACAUGACUAUUGACAAACGAUUUAUAUGCCUCUGUAAUUAUUAUUGCUGAUCUUGAUACCUUUUUGUUCUUCUUGUCUACCCAUCAGGCAUCAACCUUUCAUC